AUGGCUUUUUUGUUUAAAUCCAAGAAAACUCAACAAGGGACCGCGCUCCCUCCAGCGACGAGGAAUAUUCAUACCUCCGAAGGCGCUCCAUCCGCCGGUGGUCCCCUGCCAAUGAGCAACGGGAUCAAGGAAGGCAAUGCCUUUGCGCAGCAGACGCCCACGCCGAGCAGCAGUUAUAACAACUCCCUCAACUCAGCCACUAGUCCAACGAGCCCGGAUCCCGUCAGAAUGCGACAGCGGGCCGAAUCAGAGUCACAGGCCCAGCGACAACAGCAGCCUCUUAAUGGCGUAUCUCCGACGAGUCCGAACUCCUCUCUCUACCCUUGGUCCCAACGACGCCUGAAUUUCUCCACUCCGCAAACGAACCCAUUCCCACGAUACGGAGCCGCAAUCAAUGCCGUGGCAUCGAAGGAAGGUGACAUCUACAUGAUGGGUGGGUUGAUCGAUGGUUCGACGGUCAAGGGCGACUUGUGGAUGAUCGAGAGCAGCGGUGGCAGUCUGUCAUGUUUCCAAAUUGCGACGGUUUCCGAAGGCCCGGGGCCUCGAGUUGGCCAUGCUAGCUUGCUAGUUGGCAAUGCGUACAUUAUAUUUGGUGGUGACACUAAGAUCAACGAGACGGACGCUUUGGACGACACACUUUAUCUUUUGAACACUUCUUCUCGCCAAUGGUCUCGUGCGAUUCCUCCUGGUCCUCGUCCUUCUGGCCGAUAUGGUCACACUCUCAACAUUCUUGGCUCCAAACUUUACGUUUUUGGUGGUCAAGUGGAGGGUUUCUUUUUCAACGACUUGGUAGCAUUCGACCUGAAUCAGCUGCAGAACCCUACAAACAAAUGGGAGCUGCUCGUUCAGAACAGUCACGAGGGUGGACCCCCAGAGGGUGAAAUUCCGCCGGCUAGAACCAAUCACUCUCUCGUCAGCCACAACGACAAAUUAUACCUGUUUGGAGGAACCAAUGGCGUGAAGUGGUUCAGCGAUGUUUGGACAUUCGACCCUCGUACUAAUGCCUGGACCGAACUAGACUGCGUUGGCUUUAUUCCAACGCCCCGAGAAGGCCAUGCAGCUGCCCUUGUCAACGACGUCAUGUAUGUGUUUGGAGGCCGUACUGACGAAGGCAUGGACCUGGGGGAUCUAUCUGCCUUCCGUAUCACCACUCGCCGCUGGUAUUCGUUCCAGAACAUGGGCCCUGCGCCGUCUCCGCGAUCCGGACACAGCAUGACGGCCUUUGGUAAACAGAUUAUUGUCAUGGCCGGAGAACCGAGCUCGGCCCCGAGGGACCCUGCAGAACUCAGCAUGGCGUAUAUUCUCGACACUGGCAAGAUUCGCUACCCCAAUGAUUCGCAGUCGAGCGAGCGAGCCCCAGUUCCGGCGGGCAGGAAGAUCAGCACCGAUAAGCAAGGAUCCUCGUCCGGACGCACAUCUCGCGAGGCUCAAAAUGCAACCCCGGACCAACUGCGUCGUGGACCAACGCCUUCUCGCGAGAGCAUGAUUCAAGCUGCAGGUGCGAAGCCUGGAGAGCUGGGGCCAAACCCCAACCUUGGCCCUGGAUCCAGACUACCCAGAGCUUCGAUUGCGCAAGCUCCUGCGGGGCCACCACCGCCGGGUCAAGCCCCCUCUCCAGGUCCCCGGACUAAUGGACCUCAACCCGGAAUGAACCCUCGCAGCAAGACUCCUACCAAAAACGAUCGUGGAUUCACAGCCACAGUAGAUGUUCGCGCCGCAAAUGCCGAUCGAAAUGUCGAAUCUCCCGUGGCCAAGGAUAUGCACGAGAGCGCAGGCUCUUCUGGCCAACGUACCCCAACCCAGCAAUCACAAAAGAUUACCGCGAAAGCAAUGGAGGCUGGCGAGGCCGCUCCAAUGAUGACCCCUGCUCGCCAACGGUCAUUGCGUCAACACUGGCAGCGAGGCUCGAUGGACAGCGCGGAGGAAUCUGUGCUAGGACGACAAGCUCCUAGCAUCGACGGUUCUAUCGAGUCUCGAAGCUUCCGUAACUCUAGGACCCUUGGCGAUGAGCCCCGUUCGCCCAGACUGACUCCCCAUCAAGAGGCCUUGAUCAAGGAGCUGGAGGCAGCCAAAGCUCGCAAUGCCUGGUACGCCUCCGAGCUGUCGCUGGCAAGAAAGGGUGGCUAUGUUCCCAAUCCAGCCAGCAGCCCUGCCAUCGACGAGCGCAUUAAUGAGUCUGUCAAUGACGAAGACCGUCCUCUCGUAGAGGCAUUCCUUUCUAUGAGGGCCGAGUUGGCGAAGAUGCAGGCGACUGUGGAUCGCCAAGCGGCAAUCGCCUCCAAGCGGAUCGCAGAGGUCGAACAUCAGCGCGACGUGGCUGUUAGUGAGGCGGCGUACUCGCGCACUAGACUUGCCGCCCACGGUGGUAGCCAACGAGGUACUCCUCAGCCCGAAGGCCCCCGCGAUGGAGAGGACGAGCGCCCCACUGACAUGGGUCGCCGACUCGCAUUAGCUCUGGCCUCUCAGUCUGAGUUGAAGGUCAAGCUAGAAGCGAUGACCACCGAACUUCAGCAGGAAAAGCAAGCAAAGGAGUUGGCUGAGGAUACGAUUGAGGCCACUCGCAAGCGUCUUGCAGAGCUUGAGAUGUCAAAUAGCGCAUUAGAGGCCGAGAAUCUACGCGCCGAGCUCCACAAAGCAGAAGCGAUCGCCAGAGAGGAGGCCUUGCUGCGCUCAGAGGCUGAGGCUUCCUUGAACCAGCUUACCAUCGACAAAGAGGAGCUUCUCAAACACGCAGAGGAGUCUUCGGGACGUCUGAAGGACUUUAACAGCAACUUUGAUGGCUUGCGGGAGGCUGUUGCGGCUUCCGCUGCAAAGACUGUCCUUGUUGAGAAGCAGCUGCAUGAGGAGCGAGAACGCCGUGAAAGUUUGGAGCGCAAGCUCUUACAGCUCCGCUCUGAACAUGAAGAGCGAACCACCGAGUUGGAGAACACUACUCGGCGCCUUCGGGAUGCCGAGGAACUGGCUGAGAUCCAUGCAAGGGAGGCCGAGACGCACAAGCUGGCUUUCGUGUCUGGCCUCGAGCGUGCCGCAUCGGUGGACCUGGAGAACUCGAUCAGAUCGCGUGCUGACCAACGGGUUGCAGCUUUGGAGGCUCAGGUCGAGCGGGCUACCACUCUGGCCAAGGCCAACCAAGCUGCUGCUGAUGCUGCUGCCGACAAGUUGCGUCGGGCCGAGGAGAGAAUCGCCGGACUGGAGGCUUACCAGGAGCAAGCUAGUCGCGAGGGGCUACAGCUGCGCAGACAGUUGCAGAGCGCUAUGAAGGAGAGCCAGGCGGCUACUACGGAAAGCCGAGACUUGAAGUCUCAGCUUGAAUCUCACCAUCGAGAUACGAAUGCUCUGAACAUUCAGCACGCCGCUCUGAAGGAUCUUCUCGGUGAACGUGGCGUGAACACUGAUAGUCGGCGAUCCCCUCGUCUCGAGUCGCCAGGCUCUCGUUUCGGUACACCGGAGCAGAGCAAGCUGCGAGAACUCGAGCAGCAGCUGUCAAACAGCCUGAAGGCUCACGAUGACCUCAAGAGCUCCUUUGAAAUGCGGGAACAGGAAGCUGAUCGCGCAUUCCGGGAGAAACUGGAGCAGCUGGAGAAUGAUUACCAGUCGGCGGUGCACUACGUGAAGGGUACUGAGAAGAUGCUCAAGCGCAUGAAGGAUGAGCUUGGCCGGUACAAGACCCAGAAUGCCAAGUUGCAGUCUGAGCUUGAGACUUCUCAGAAGAGCAUGGAGAGCGGCGGCGCCCAGUCCGAAGCAGCGGCCGCCGAUUGGGAGAAUGAGCGUGCUCGACUCCAAAAAUCCAUCGCCGAUCUGGAGAGCCGCACCUCCUCUUCCCUCGAGGGCUUGGAGACUCAGCUCUCUGAAAUGAAGGAGCAGCUCGCCGUGGCUGAAGCCGAGAAGGAAAAGGCCAAGGCCGAGCACGAGCGCUCUCAGCGAGAGCUCCUUGCAGCUGUUGACCGUAGCCGCUUUGAAUUGGAGCAGCUUAAGCAGGAGAACGUUCACCUCGAAAGCCGUGCUACGGAUGCGGAACAGAAGGUCAACAUGCUCCUGGAGCAGGUGGAGACCUCGGUUGGCCACUACCGCCGCCAGUCUCAGCAUGGUCAGGGAGCUAACGGCAUCUCUCGCACUCACAGCAAUGCGUCCAGUAACACAAUCGGCGGUCGAGCUCGUGCCGACAGCAGUGUCUCGCAAGAUUCGGUUGGUUUCCCCGAUAACCGGGGUUCCAUGGCGUUGGACUCACUUGCCAAUGAGCUGGAGGCCCUGCGUACCCACUGGGAAAGCACCAACCGCAACUAUCGCUUGAGCAGCCAGCUGGAUCUGGAGCGGACUCCGACCAAGGAGAACAGCGAUGGCCCUGCUUUGAUGAGCGAUAGCUUGGCGGAAUGGCGGAGGCGCCUGGAUGAGGAAGAACGGGUUGGAGGUACCAAGGCCAAGCCCGAGAUUGCUUCGAACGUGAUCUAA